ACUCACUUUUCAAGGUCACACUAAGGAUUAAUUAUGAAACUGUAAACAUACUGCGUCGAACUUCCUGCUUUGGAUGAUUAUAGAACAACGGCUUUGAAUUGUUCUCACUGAUCAAUGAACACAUCAGAGGGCUUAGUUCAGCCGACAAGGAGUGACUUUAAAGAAAGUUGGUUGUCCCCUGAGAUAGGUGAAAAAAUUAGUCUGGUGCAAGAAUGGAUUAAUGGUACAGGGCAGAAGUUGCUGGACUCUCAGACAUCCAAGCCGUACAAUUUUGAAGAAGCGUCGCAAAUACGUAAAGCACAUGAACAGUUUGAAUUUAAGUGUAUGAAAGCUUUGGAAGUUUUCGCUGAGCUUUGUGACUACAGGAAACAAAGCAGCAUUAACUUGGAGCUGAGUGAGCUGGAUUACAUGGUGCAGAGUUUUGUUGAGAAACUUAACAAAAGGACAUUUUUUGUCGUUUCAUGUUACACUUAUUUUAGACUGGUUGAAGAACUGUGGUCAGUCUUGGAAGAGCUUCAAAAACGAGCCAAGGAGGUGGACACAUAUGAUGGCUCAUCUAUCAAGAAUGCCAUUAGUGAUUUAGAGAAUGGGGUUGAAAAAUGUGAGGUACGAUUAAAUGGAUUGGCUCAUGAACUGGAACGGCUCAGAAUAAUCUUGAAACCAUCUGAUCCCGAUUAUCUAGGACAGUUGGAAGAUGGUUUCAGAGAUGCCUGUCGAGCAGCUACUGAGGCAACACAAUCGCUUAAGAUCCGAAAACUUGUGCUAAAGAAACAUUCCAAAUUACUUGAAUGUGAAGAAAAUGUUUAUGAAUCGAUCGGGUGGAUAGAAGAACUUUACGAAAACAUUGAAGUAAUGUAUCAAGAAAAUUGUGUUGGAAAAAAUCAACUUGAAUCAGAGGAUUUGCUGAAAAAGCAUAAUGAUAUUGACAAUCAAGCAAAGACAACUUAUGCAUAUUGUAUACAGUUAUUAGAAACAUACGGAAAGUUAUGCGAAGCAGAUGGUAGACGAUUACCGCGUAAUGUAGGACUCAGUAAAACACGACUUUUUCGUAUAUGGCCAAAGUUAACUGACAGACUGCUUGAAUUGCAGGCAAGAACAGAGACUGCAAAGAAGGUGUACUUAACAACUGAUAUGCUUCUAACUCGUGUUCAAGAAUACCUUUUGGAAUUAAGCCGUAGUCCACCAAUAUUUGAUCGUAAAUGUGGUUCACCGACAUCUCAGGGGAUUUCACCCGUUCCAAAUGAUCAAAGGUGUGCACAGUUGGAUAAACUGUUGCAGGAGUUCUCAUCUGUCAAGAUAACUGGCUUGCAGCUUAUUGAUAAACUUCCGAAAGGACUAUUACAAGAAGAUAUUAUAGUUAAUGCACAAAUAACUGAUGAAGUAAUUCGUGUGAUACGUUUAAAACUGUAUACAUUAUGGUUAAAAGUAAGAGAGUAUGAAUAUGCUUUACUGGGUCGAAAUUCAUUGGAUAAUACAACAGCUAGUGAACUUGCUCCAGAUUGGCGUUCACCAAGACUGUUAUCACGUUCAUCAAAUUCUACAAUGCGUCGAGUAGGCUCUAUAUUUGACGGAGAUUUUAGUCCAGUUACAAUGGUUUCACCACAAGUAUCAUCCGGGCAAGAAAGAAAGAAUCGACCCGGUAAUCCGCUAGCAAAUGAAUUGUACAAUCAUAAUGGUUCAGAACAAUCAGAUGAUAAAGGACAAUGUGAUACGGUGGAUCGGCAACAGUAUUCUACAUAUCAAAUAAAACAAAAUAGUGGGAAUUCUAUGAUGAAACAUGUAAAAGCAGAAUCUUCACAGUUCAACGCUUUUCAACCAGGCAAUCAAAGAGAAAUCGAUAAAAGCAAUGAGGCGUUGAAACCUCAAGAAAAAGUGAAUGGUCAUGUGUCGAAUAAUCUUUUACACUCGUUUCAAUGUCGAUUGGCAGAUCUGACAAGGAAUAAUCUUACACGUGAUCCUGGUAAUACAGUCGCCGAUGCAGAAUUCAUUAUUACUGAACUUGAUCAAUCUAAAGUUGAAGCUUAUAAGUAUUUCGAUGACUUGAAAAGUCAAUUGAAUUCAUCAUCCACCAAAGAUAAUCAAUCUAACGCUAAAUUAUCAAAUCAGAAUACUCUUAUGGAAGCAAAAUAUCUCAUCGACGAUUGGACGGCUGAUUGGCUUAUACAACGAGAGAAUCUUAGCUAUCGACUUGCCUAUUUAAAUCGUUUAGCUGAUUUACAAACAGACUUAGGCGAGUGUAUUUCCCGGUUGGAUCAGUUAAUCAGAGCUACUUGUUUGUCUGUGAAUUCAGCAUCUACAUCUUAUGCAGAUCAACAGAAUUCAAAUGGAUUAAAUAAACUUGAUGCUGCAACAGUUUUAUUCGAUUCUGAAAUCUAUCAGUUGAAUACGAUUAAUGAAGAAGUCAAAGGAAUGCUACAGACUAUACCGGCACAAGAACAAUUUAUUCAUUCAUUAAUAAUUGAAGUGGAAAACUGUGAAAAAUUCUGUUUCCCUGAUCAUGUCAUAAAGAUUAAAAAUAUGUGGAAGAAGUAUACUGAAAAUUUAAAUAUUUUUAAAUCUUUCAUACAAAAUUUAGUGAAGGCUUAUAAUAUCAUUCCUGAAUUGGAUAACUUCAGAGCAAACUAUGCAAACUGUUUGUCAGAUGCCAACAAGCGAAGGUCGCCUAUACCUUCAAAUGAAAUUGACAGUCAUAACUUAGAAGAAGCAAUUCUUGGUAUCAUCAAACCAGACUGUUUAUCUUCCCAUGCUGAACAAAUGAGUCGAUUGUCAUCUAUUCAACCGGAUAUUUCAUGGUUAAUACAAUAUUUAACUAGUCAGCUACAAUUAAUCAAAGAAUCACAAGAGGAAUUGGAUAUGCUAAUGCUUAACAUGCGUGUCACCGGGUCAUCACCAGUUGAUCUUUCAGAGCUGAUCAAUAAAUCUUGUACUGAUUCUAAUCAUAAAACAAACAAUCAAAAUGAUUCCGACCAACAACAGCAUAGAUAUUCGAAUCAUAAAAAGAAUUUAUCAGAUGUAUCCAAUUCACAGGUGACUUCAGUAUUAUUACCCUCCUCUUCAGAAGCAAGUUCAUCUAUGCUUAGCAGGAAUAGGAAACCAGCCUUACCAUCACCACAUCUUUCAUUUCCAGAAAGUAUCAACUCUGAGAAAUACAUGCCUAGAAAUAAUUUAAGCAGUACCAAUAAUAAUAAUCCUGAGAGGAAUAUAAAUGAAAGCAAUUCUGCACCGUCUAUAUUAUAUUCUUCAUGGAAAAUCAUUAAACCGUUGAGUAAUGUUCAGUGUAGACUAGGUGAAACGGUUCAUCUGCAGUGUCAAUUUAAUGGUCCAUUACGUGAAAGUGAAUUCAGUGUUUCAUGGUUUUAUAGACCAUUUCAAUUUGUUAAAGGACAAUUGAGUUAUGGCGUGAAAGAACGCAUCAAUAUAACAAAUGAUAAUAAUAAUAAUAUGAAAGAAAAUAUUAGCGUGGAUUUUGUCGAAUUAAUCAUCAAUAAUAUUUCAGAACAAAAUGCCGGAUUAUACACUUUACGUAUUAAAAAUGAGAAAACUGGUAAAGCCAUGAAAAGUAACGCUACCUUAAGUAUUAUUCCAGUUAUUAUUGAAAAUAAGUCUGAUGUAAAAGGCGAAAUUCUGGAUCCUUCUACAGGACGUCUUAAACCAGUUACAAUAACAGUUAAUUAUAAUGGAUUGUGUCUAAUCCCAGCUGUGAAAUGGACGUACAAUGGUUCACCUUUAAAUCAAACUAUAUGGCAUACUGAUACUGAUGUGCAUAGAAGUAUCCUAUUCUCAUCAAAUGCAAAUGUUACUGAUAAAGGAAUUUAUGAAUGUGAGAUAACAGAUCUUGUGUCGAAUACUAAACUGAGAACAAGAAGGUCUUUAUUGAUACAACCGCUAGUUCCUGUCAAAGAACAGUCGUCUCUUGUUUUCAAUGAUACCAAUGGAACUGUAGGCAUAGUGUUUGCUGGUGAUCCGAUAGCUAUACGAUGUCCUCUACCAUCUGUAAUAAAACCUGGAUCGAAUAUCAUAGUUAACUGGAUACAAAAUGAGCAAAUCAUUUAUUCAUACAACACACUGGUUCCACGACAACAACAACAACACAGUGUUCACAGACUGAUCUCCAGUAAAUUGGUAACUUUUGAAAGUAAUCACUUUCAGCAUAAUGAAACAAUAUGGAGGACAUACUUGCUGGAUAAUCAUUGUGUCCUAACUACAGAUUGUGUUCAUAAUACAGAUGAAGGUGUUUACAAGUGUCGAAUAAAAGCUGACUCCAGUAUCUAUGAAUCCUCAGGACCAUUAACUCUAGUCAAAGCUUUAAAAUUCUCUAAACACCUACCAGACAUAUCAAGUGUUUGUGAAGGUGAUAAGAUUAAACUGGAAUGUCAGCUUGAAGCUAUCCCCUUGAAUGAAUACAAAAACACCAGUUUUAUUAGUCAUAAAGAUAAUAGUCCUAUAGAUCAUAACAUCGCUUCUCCAUCAUCAAUAUCAUCUUCAUCAAUAUCAAUAUCACCAUUAACAAUGACAACAACAACAACAACUUCAUCACCAUUAGUUACAACAGGUUGCUGUUGGGAUCAAUUAUCUUUAAAAAUCAAUUGGUAUUUUAACAAAUUACUAUUGAACAUUGAAGAAGCUAAGAAAUUAAGCAUAAGUACAAGUUUUGACAAUGGAUUGCUCACUUUACUGAUUGAUAAUGUAUCGUCUAUACAUGAAGGUGAUUAUUGUUGUGAAGUAACAACUUCAGAAGGUGUCAUUCAAACGAAUGGAAGAUUGGUAAUAAGAUCAAAUACUUCACACUCCAAGUCAAUAGGGAAUAAACCUAAAAUUAUUGGGAAAAUCAAAAAAUCACAUGAUCCAAUCUUUACUAAUGAAUCGCUAGUAUUGACUGUCACUUACAUGUCAGAUUCUAUUCCUAAAGUUGCCUGGCUAAAAGAUGAUGAAAAAAUUAGCGUCAACAGUUCUCGUUUAAAGAUGAAUCUUACAGAAAAUCAAAGCAGUUUAACUAUCCAUAAUACUCAAACAGAGGAUACUGGCUUCUAUACAGUAGAAGUGAGUAAUUCAGGAGGCACUUCUGUAGAGACAAUAUUCGUCGACGUGAAGAGUAAAGAGAAGGCAAACAUUCAGAAUGGAUUAGUAAGCACUAAAGAAAACCAGCAUAUUCCAAAUGGUCACAUGUCUGAUAAAUCUAUUGUGCAAGAGUCUAGUAAUAACUAUGAUAAACACUUGUAUGUCAGUCAGUUAUCUGGACCCAUAACAAAACCGAAAGCAAUAAUCUAUGGUCCAGUAGAUAUGAGAGUAAAUUAUGCUGACACACUACGUUUAUUCUGUAUUAUAAAACAAAGUAAAGACUCGUUUUUCGUUCAUUGGACGCAUAAUGGACAAGUACUGAAAAAUUCUUCCUCAUCCAAUCAUACAUUUGGUGUACAAACUUGGGCAAAUUAUCCUAAAAAUGGAUUUUAUAUGUUAGAAUUAAAAUCUGUCAAUUUACAAGACAAGGGAUUUUAUGGAGUGACUGUUUCCAGAGUAUCAGAUAUGUCUGCGAAAAUUGUGAAUGAAACAGUGGAGGAAGAAGCUGUUUGCUGGGUUGAAGUUGAUGUUAGUAAAUCUGUAGAGAAGAAAUCAGCACCGACUAUCGUUAACGAUGGUCUUCCUUCAAUGAUUGAAGUGACAGAAGGUCAAAUGGUUCAUUUAGAAUGUAAAGUUGUUGGUAAUCCUCCACCUUCAUACUUUUAUCUUAAAGAUGGUGAUGUGAUAACAACAUCGACGAAUUUAGAAUUCCAGGUGUCUCAGGUCGAUGGAGUGUAUCGAUUGACUUUUCCAAGGGUGACUAAGAUGCAUUCUGGUAUAUGGGAUUUAAUAUGGUAUAAUUCACAAGGCUUACUAGUUAAAUCUUGUCAACUGUUUGUUACAGAACAUGGUUAUUUGAAUGGUUAUUCAAGUCAAGAAAUUAAAACAAAAACUAGUGAAACAAUUAUUAAUUUAAAACCAUCAGUUAGAAAAUUACAAUCAAGCAAUUCAUUAGCAGCUUUUACACAAGAAACACCAGUUGAAGAAGAACUUCGAGUUGAACGAAAUCUUGAAAGUCGAUUGAAUUCUCUGGAGAAUAAAUCAAGUCAAGUAAUUUUAAGCAAUGAUUCUAAGCUGGAACAACCACCUGAAUUCAUUUCUAUGUUUACAGACAAAACUGUGACUAGCGGAGAGACAGUUUGUUUAAGAUGUUCAUUGAAGGGAGAUCCUCCACCCGUGGUUCAAUGGAAAUUUAAUGGAAGGCUACUUAAUCUACCCAGUGAAAGAAUUCGUCUAAUUCAUUUUGAUAAUGAAUAUUCACUGAUUAUAUAUAAUACAUGCUUAAAUGAUAUUGGACGGUAUGAAAUGACAGCUGAGAAUGUUGCUGGUAAAGCCACAUGUUCAGCUCACCUUCUUGUCAACUGUUCAGAGAAAACUCGACGGCGUGCCAGUCCAUCCAGUGAACCAGAAUAUACUACCUAUCAUCAAGAAGACUUUGAUUACGAUCGAUGUAGUAGUAGUGUACGUGCGUCAAGGGAACACUGCCAUUCUGAAACACAAACUCCUGCUGAGAAUAAAAGAUCAUCUCUUAUUCGUUCAAUCAGUGCUCCACUAUCACAAAUUGAACCUAAUUUAAUUGGUCAAAAUGGUCAGACGCUUUUAACUUGUCGUAUGUGUUGUGCACCGAUUAUUCGUGGUGGUGAAGAAAAUUAUUCCGUGAAGUAUCCUAAACAUAAGUCUGAAGUUUUACAGCAAACCAACAGUUAUAAUGCGACUUACUCACGAGGAAAACCAUGGACAGUUAGACGUCACAAAUGUUCAAGUGGUAUAUCGCGCAAAAUGGUUGGAUCAGGUACACAAACAAGGCUGUCAAGACAUCGAAGUGAAGGAUCCCUACUGCACCAGUGCCCCUACUGUGAAACUUUAAUGUUACCUGUAAAUCCACCAAAUCUAACCAAAACAAAACGCUCCAAAUUGGAAAGAGUUUUCAGCUAUCCAAAUGAGAAUCAAGACCCAACAACAAACCACCACCACCACCAACAACAACAACAACAACAAGAAAGGGAAGAGGCCAUUUACUACUACCAACCAAAUUAUAAACAGAUUGUUGUCUCACACAAAACAAUCCAUACAAAACAAACGAAUAUCAAGAAAAAAACCACAGACUCACAUUCCCUCGUAUCGCCUACAUUAUGUGAAAUAAAGUCGUCAUCAUCAGACAGACCUCAUAGAUCUGUAAGUCGAUGCCGUGAAAUACCAAUUCGUAUACAACGUACCGAUUCCGAAGACAAUGGAAAUAAUAAAUUAUCGAAUUACUUUUCAGUACAGUGUAAAAUUAACCCAUCCUCAAAAGACAAUCCGCGCUGUUCUUCUUCUCAAGCGACAGUUAGUGUUGUUGAAAGUUCGGACAAUGAUGAUUCAACGGCUUUUUAAAAAAAAGACUAACACUAUGAAGAAUAUUAAAAAAAUUAAAAGGGAAAUGAUACCGUCUUUCUUUUACCAUUCAAAUAAGUAGUAGUAUUAUUACAUUUUCUUCUUUUCCUCUUUUUUGCUAUUUAUUUUUAAUUGAAAUUUCUAUUGUUGAAAAUAAACUUGUAAAUUAUUAUUAACUUUUAUUUAUUUUACUGCAUAAUUAUAUUCAAACUUGUCCAGAAGAAAUAAAUGAAUCAUUUAUUCUGGGGGAACGCAUCAUAUACACUUUUCAUCAAACUAUGGAUGUACUACUCAGUAUGUGUAAUAAUAAUAAUAAUAAUAGUUUUAUUCCAAA